AUGAAUAGCUCGCCUGAUCCCGUGCCGUCGGAGGAGCUGCCCCGACCCUUGAGCAUUGUCAAGACAGGAAGCAUGAGGGAGCCCAGUGGUAAUUCGUACGACAGCGGGGUUGUGGAUUCCGCCAUGGCGGACUCGCCGCCCCUGACCAUGACGAAGCGGGUAGCUCAACCUAACCGUCCAUCUCGGUCUUCCGGAGGGUACGAUACGGACACGUUGACAUCCCUGGAUACGGAGAAGUGUGCACCGCAUGUUCUUGUGCCAAGAGUUCAUGUUACGCCCGAGGUUGAUGUAGUCAGCGAUAAGGAGACUUCAAUCUGGGUUGCAGUUGAGGUUGCGGCUCAGCUGUGUAGAUCUGAUGGAGGACCACCAGCCGUACCGCCUUGGAAUGGUUGGGGAGGCCAGUUGGGCUUUGUACGGCCAGUAUUGAGUCCCAUCUCAUACGGAUGCUUGUAUAACCUUGUUGUCGACGUGCUCCCGACCAACGGAACCACGGUUUUGAAUAUUAUCCAGGAUGAAUCAUUUCCCGUGGCAUUAAACUUAAACACAGCUACUCUACUCAUUAUCCAUGUUCGGCUGUCCCCCUCCCUGCCACUUGGCAGGCCACGCCCGAGAGCCUCAGCUCCCCCGCCACCAAGCUCAGAUCUUCUUUUCAAGGAUCUCGAGGCCCAACUCGGCACUUCCCCUCAGGAGUAUCUCCGACUCCGUAUCAGUUACUCUCAUUCAGCGUUCGCACCUUCUUGUUCUCAGACAGACCUGGCCUUGAGCACCCGGCUCGAAACUAUUGUCACUGCAUGGAUUCAGCGGAUGGAUACCGCCUCGGUGUGGGCUAGAGCCGGGUCACUGAAGGAUUACGGUGAUUGUGAAAGAAGACCUUCUCCCGUCAAGGGUGCUGCGGGAGUAAGUCUCCUCGUGGGAAUCAUCAUGAGGCACUGGGACUUGGACAAGGCGAGAAGGGCCGUUGAGAUGGUAAUACAGUCAAGGGACGAGCCAACCCCGCCACUCCAAGACAGGGAGAAGGAGAAGGGACAUGAGCGGGAGCGGGAGUGGACAUGUCGGGAUGGGCAACAUCCCGCGGUAUAUGCGGCAGCCAAGGGCGGGAGCGUCAGGACGAGCAAAAGGCCACUGAGCAGAACUGCCGAAGGUGGAGGCGGGGAAAAUGUACGCAUGGGAAACGCCAUGCCCUUUAGCGUUCCUACAAGACAGGCCAGUUUACGAAAGAAAUCAGGAACUGUUCAUCCAGAGGAUUCGGUGGCUGCUGCGGGGGAUGGUACCACUACCAAGGGCAAGGGUAACGGAGGGGUCGCUUCUCAAAUCAAGAGAGAUUUGGCGAGGUGGUCAUGGGCCUGGUGGUAG